AUGAGGAGGGUAUUACAUAUAGUGGCAGCUGUUUUAGCAGUUAUCAGCAGUAGUAGUAUCGUUCAUGGCAGAGAUGUAACCUACGAUGGCAGAUCUUUGAUCAUUGAUGGGCAACGGAAGAUCCUUUUCUCUGGUUCUAUUCACUAUCCUCGAAGCACCCCAGAGAUGUGGCCAUCUCUGAUAGCCAAAGCCAAGGAAGGAGGACUGGAUGCAGUACAAACCUACGUGUUUUGGAAUGUCCAUGAACCACAACCUGGUCAGUAUGAUUUCAGUGGAGGACAUGACAUAGUAAGGUUCAUUAAGGAAGUCCAAGCACAAGGCCUCUAUGCAUGUCUAAGGAUUGGACCCUUUAUUCAAAGUGAAUGGUCUUAUGGAGGGCUCCCUUUCUGGCUGCAUGACAUCCCGGGAAUUGUUUUUCGAUCAGAUAAUGAACCUUUCAAGGUUCAUAUGCAGAACUUUACAGCAAAGAUAGUGAGCAUGAUGCAAUCAGAGAAGUUAUAUGCUUCACAGGGAGGUCCAAUCAUACUAUCACAGAUCGAGAAUGAAUAUGGCACAGUGGAGAAAACUUAUGGUGAAAAGGGGCUAGCAUAUGUCCAUUGGGCAGGACAAAUGGCUGUGGGACUUCAAACUGGGGUGCCAUGGUUUAUGUGCAAGCAAAAUGAUGCUCCUGAUCCUGUGAAAAAAGAAGAGACAUUAAUCGAGUGUAAUUUGCAGAUAAAUUCAUGCAAUGGAAUGAAAUGUGGAGAGACAUUUGUUGGUCCUAACUCACCCAAUAAACCAUCGAUAUGGACUGAGAAUUGGACAACUCACUUUCCAGCUGAGAAGAAUUUCUCUGAACUCAUUGGCAAAUCAUGUGUUUCUCUUAGCUAUCAAGUAUAUGGUGAGGAUGCACCUAUGAGAUCUGCAGAGGAUAUUGCAUUUCAUGUAACAUUAUUCAUCGCUGCGAAGAAGGGAAGCUUUGUAAACUAUUACAUGUAUCAUGGAGGAACCAAUUUCGGAAGGACAGCAGCUGCAUUUGUAACAACAAGUUAUUACGAUCAAGCACCUCUCGAUGAGUAUGGAUUGACUAGUCAACCAAAAUGGGGUCAUCUCAAGGAGUUGCAUGCUGCAUUAAAGCUAUGUUUAACGCCUUUGCUUUCAGGAGUGCAAGCUCAUCUCUACCUAGGCCCACAGCAGCAAGCCUAUAUCUUUAGUGCACCAACAGGAGAAUGUGCUGCUUUUCUCAUCAACAAUGACACAACAAAUGCCGCAUCUGUUCCCUUCCGAAAUUCUUCAUAUGAUUUGCCUCCAAGGUCAAUUAGCAUCUUGCCUGACUGCAAGAAUGUUGCCUUCAAUACUGCGAAGGCAAGACUCAUUUGCUUACCCUGUUAUGAAAUUCAAGAACCUUUUGUCAGCACUCAAUACAGCACAAGAACUAUGGGAAGAGGCAAGGUGUUAGAUGCUGCAGAUAUGUGGCAGGAAUUCACCGAAGCGAUUCCUAAUUUCAAGAGCACCUCGACAAAAUCAGAAACGUUAUUGGAGCAGAUGAAUACCACUAAAGAUUCAUCUGAUUAUCUUUGGUACACAUUCAGUCUGGUGUUUGACUUUUCUUGCAAUAAGCAUACACUGCAUGAAACAUCUGACCCACAAGCCAUACUUGAUGUGAGCUCUUUUGGCCAUGUUUUGCAUGCAUUUGUCAACGGACAAGCAGUAGGAUCUGCUCAAGGAAGCCAUGAAAAUCCAAGGUUUAAAUUCGAAAGAACUGUUUCUUUGAGCAUUGGGAUCAACAAUGUGUCUUUACUGAGUGUGAUGGUUGGAAUGCCGGAUUCAGGAGCAUAUCUGGAGACUAGGGGUUCAGGACUGAGAAGCGUGAUGAUUCGAGAUAAACAAGACAAUAAGGACUUCACUAACUACCCAUGGGGAUAUCAGCUAGGAUUGCAGGGAGAGAAAUUACAAAUUUACACAGAACAAGGAUCAAGCCAAGUUCAGUGGAAGAAGUUUUCAAAUGCUGGAAAUCCACUUACAUGGUACAAGACUCUGGUUGAUGCACCUCCAGGGGAUGUCCCAGUUGCCUUAAAUCUUGCUUCCAUGGGAAAGGGUGAAGCUUGGGUUAAUGGUCAAAGCAUUGGUCGAUAUUGGCCCUCGUAUCAUGCCCCGGGUGGAUCUUCGCAGACAUGGUAUAAUGUGCCAAGAUCAUUCCUCAAACCUACAGGAAACCUAUUAGUUCUACUGGAAGAGGAGGGUGGGAACCCCUCCAAAUAUCCUUGGACAUUGCCUCAAUCUCACAAGUGUGCGGUCAUGUGA